UUCUACUAGAACUGAUGAUGGGCCACACCGCCCGGCCGAGGCGCUCCAUGGCGGCGACGGCGCCGCCGCAUUUGGCCCCACCACCACCCUCCAAUCCGGCAGGUUCCGUCCACCUCCUCCCGCCACCGCCCCUUCAACCGCGGUAUUGACCUCCUCCCGUCGGCAUCUUCAACGCCGAUUCGUCUCUCCGCGGCUCGCGUGGAUGGGCGCGCGGGCCGGCGGGCGUGGAGGCGUUUCGGUCAGUACCCGCCUCCUGUUCAACCGGGGUACCCCCAGCCAGGGCCGACCGACUCGACGGCCUCCCUGCUCCGCGACCCCUGAGUUCGUCAUCAUUCGGUUCAUUAUUCAGUGGCUUCUUACUGCAGAUUGGUUGGUGGCACAUCCUGAAGAAUUCAGCUACAUUGGACCAGGUCAUGUUGCAUGUAUAUGAUGAGGUGGCACAUAUUUAAGAAUUGUUGUACUGGACCAGAUCAUGUUGCAUAAUGAGCUGUUGAUAAUGAGGUACUAGUACUUCUUUCUCCAGUUAGACUCUGCAGACCUGAAAAACAAUUAUUCUAUGAUACAGAAUUUUACUUGUUUUGUUGUAAGCAUACUUCACAUUCAUUAUGUUGGACUAUCAAGUGUUAAGUUAUAAUUUCAAUCUGUCCUUUUAACUAUGAAUAACUACUUACAGUGCAGAAUAACAAAGAAAGAGACGCAAAAUGUAGAGAACUAAUAAAACAAAGAAACGCUAUUGUAUCAUAAGUUCUGAGCAUAUUGGAUUUUUUUUAAAAAAAUUCAAUGGCGUAAAGUUAAAUGGUUUGUUAUUUCAAGUUUAUCUUUUCGUCCCUACAUCUUGUAUUUCUCUCCUUGGUGUGUAGCAUGCAUUCCCGCAGCAAUGUCUGGGGCAUCAUCUUGUUAAGAACUAGAGAUGCCCCAGCUAUUAACGUGCUACAUCAGAAGGCUUGGUUAGCUGUCAGUAUUAUUAUAAUUCAGCCAAGAAACAACGCCAAGAGCUGAGGUACUGCCAGCUGGAGUGAGUAGUUUAUUUCUAAUUAGGCUCAGUUAAUUGUCUAAAAAUAAUACUGGCCCAGUGAACUUUUGCAAGAUCUAACGUGAUUGGUUGAAGAAGUGCAGAUCAAGCUCUACUCCUACAGUAAGACACAUGAUGCCCUGUUCUGAUGCAUGGUUAGAAAAAAAACACUACUCUGCAAAUUAGUGUUAUUCUAUUAAGUACAACCAUCCAUUUUUGUCAUCGUACUCGAUGUUACGACGCAACUGACCAAACGCAUCCACUUGCCCCAAAAUUUAAUACAGCUCACAUUGGAUUCCAUCGGAAGCAAGAACCCGCACAUCUAGCUUGCUCACAUCGAUUGCCGGAGGAUGUUUUUUUUUCUGAAAUCAAUUAACGGUAGAUGAAAAUCCAGACAACUUGCAGGGUUCAAGAAGUUCAUGAACAACUUUUCUCUACAAUUUCAUCUAACAGAACACAUUGUUUCUAAGUUCAAUGGAUUCGACUUUCUUUGUGCACAUGUUUCAUCUAAUUUCUCCAAGAUAUGGCUUUGCUGAUCUCGAGUAUUACUUUCACCUGUUCAAUGGUGUUCAUAUAGCACAUUGCUCAUUUUGUGUCUGUAUAUGUAUAUGCUUCCUUUUAAACUGACAAAAAUAUAUUUUGUCAUCUAUGAAUGUUCUCCUUUUUGGUAAUUUCCAUCUUCUGGUUUUAGGCAACACAUAUUAUAGAAUUCAGUUUUAUUGGACCAGAUCCUGUUAUGUAUAUAAUGAGCAGUUGAAAAUGAGGUAGUACUUCUUUCUCACUUUGUAGACCUGCAAAGCAAUCAUACUAUGAAGCAGAACUUUAUUUUCUUUGUUGUAAGCAUACUUCCAAUCCAAUAUUUUGGACUAUCAAGGGUUAAGUUAUAAUUUUGGUCUAUCCUUUUCAACUAGAAUAACUACUUACAGUACAGAACUACUUAAUGGAAAUUUUUGAUAAGUAAUCAAACAAAUAAACACUAUUGUAACAGAAGUUCUGAGCACAUUGCAUUUUUUACAGAAACCAAUGGAGUAAAAGUAACUAGCGUGUUGUUUCAAGUUUGUCUUUUGGUCCCUACAUCCUCAACCCCAAGCUUCCAGCCAUUAAUAGCUGGCUAAGCAAUGGCUUAGUUUAUAAUCUGUGUGGGCCAUUCAGUUUAGAAUCCUCAACAUGAUAUGUAUGUGUUGCUUUUCUCGAACUGGCCAAGCAACAGAUUAGUUCUUUGUAUGGGUGACUCACAUAUACAAAAUUCAAGACUGGGCAAUAGCCCAGUGGUAUGUGAAAGCGCAUUGGUGCGUCUAGGCCGGCCUGGGCUCAACUCCCGGUGGACAUGGAAUUUAGCCGCACCAGGGAAUUGUAUUCCAAUCAGAUCACAGUAGUUCCUAGCUACCUCUUCUGUCUUGCGAGCUAGAGUGGAAAGAACUGGACCAACAACAAAAUGUGCUGUCAAGGUGACUGAAGGCAAACCAAUAUAUUCGACUUUCUUUGUGCACAUUUGCUGGUCUUGCUACAAGAUAUGGCGUUGCUGGUCUCGAGUGUUACUUUCACUUACUCAAUGGUGCUCAUUUAGCACAUUUGCUGAUUUUGUGUCCAUAGUAUGUAUAUGAUUCAUUUUAAACUGACAAAAAAAUAAGUUUUCCAUCUCUGGAUAUUCCUUCUUUCUCCAAUUAGACCCUGGAAGCCUGAAAAACAAUCAUACCGUGAUCAGAACGUUUUAAUUUUGUUGUAAGCAUACUUCUCAUCCAGUAUUAUGGACUAUCAAGCAUUAUGUUAUAAUUUUGGUCUAGCCUUUUAAUCUAUUAAUUACUUAUACAGAACUAACAAAAAGGAGAUGCUAAGUAUGUAGAGAACUAAGAAACAAUGAAACACUACCAUAACACAACUUCUGAGCACACUGCAUUAUUUUCUUACAGAAACCAAUGGAGUAAAGUUUACUGGUCACUGGUGUGUCAUUUCAAGUUUGUCUUUUGGUCCCUGGGGUAUCAAAAGAAAUGAAGAUGCUCGUGCUAUAACGUGCUAUGUCAGAAGGCUCAGUUAGCUUUCCCUGUUAACCAAGAAACAAUGCCCUGUGCUGAGGUACCGCCAGCUGGAGUGAUUAGUUUAGUUCCAAUUUGGCCUGCUAAUUGUCUAAAAAGAAUUCAGGCCCAAUGCAGGGUCGGAGGUAACUGAAGUGCAUCUCAAGCUGUACUCCUACAGUGAGACAUAUGAACCGUGUUCCGAUGCAUGUUCAAAUAGAAAAGCUCUGCUCCUGCAAACUAGUGUUAUUCUAUUAAGUACAACAAUCAUUUUGUAUUGUGGUAAUCGAUGCAACCGACCAAAAGCAUCCACUUGCCCACAGAAUUCAAUACAAUGCUCGCAUUGGAUUCCAUUUCUCAGAAGAAAGCAUCCACGCAGCUAGCUUGCUCACACCAUCCUCUUCUCCAUUCUGGACUGCAAUUGUGUUUCCCUGUGUUCUGCGUGUGUCGCGAGCUCUGAGCAUUCCAUUAGUAGAGCUGGUGGCCACUGCUGUCCAUCGUGAAGGAGAAGGGUCCAGCUACGUCCUGGAUGUGUACAAGGUGAUGGAGGCGUGUGACGGCGUCCCUUUGUGCUGAUCUCUGAAGCUUGGCCACUUAGAAGAACACUUGUGUUGAGGUUGCCUUCACUGUCUUGGAUUUCACGGCUGUUUUGGUUGCUCACGAGGUUCCUGUCACCUCCGUAAUCUUCAUCUUGGUUGCCAUCAAUAACACUAGCUUGCAGUACAACCUCUAUCCGUCACAACCAAUUGAUCCACACAAACGUCCAGUAAAUGGAGGUGACGGCCAUCAGCAUUGGCAAGUCCGUGUUGAGCGGGGCGCUCAACUAUGCCCAGUCUGCCGUUGCCAAGGAGGUGUCUCUGCAGCUUGGUGUCCAGCGUGACCACUCCUUCAUCAGGGCCGAGCUCGAGAUGAUGCAGUCAUUCCUGAUGGCUGCACACGAUGAGCGAGACGACAAUAAGGUGGUCAAGACUUGGGUGAAACAAGUCUGCGAUGUGUCCUACUCCGUCGAGGACUGCCUCCUGGAUUUUGCUGUCCGUCUUGAGAGGCAAUCUUGGUGGUGUCUCUCUCGGAAGGUGCUAGCCCGCCGUUAUGUGGCGAACCAGAUGAAGGACCUCAGAGCUGAGGUGGAGGAGGUCAGACAGAGGAACCAACGUUACCACCUCAUCAAGGGCUCUAGCUCCAAGUCUACCUCCGCUAUUGGGCAGCCUAUCAUCUCCGGUGCGACAAUGUCUGCCGCCAAUGAGGCAAGGCUACCACGGCAGAAAGCAAAAAUGGAUCUCCUCAUGUUGAUUGAUUGCAAGGAUGUGGCACUUAGGGUGAUAGCAUUGUGGGGCACAAGUAGUACUGAUCUGGGGGAGAUGUCCAUCAUGAAAAGUAUAUAUGAAGAUCCCAUGAUACACAAGAAUUUUGAUUGCUAUGCUUGGAUCACAUUGAUGUGUCCUUUCAAUCAGACAGAUUUCAUUCAAAGCAUUAUUAGGCAAAUUUAUGUUAAUUCUCUUCAAGAGACAGGAGAAGAAGGAAAAUCAGCUAUUGGGGCCCAAGUUUUGAAGAUGAUGGUGACAUUGAAAGAAGAUGGUUUGGCUCAUGAGUUCAAGAGAUAUUUGAAUUUCAAGAGUUACCUAAUUGUACUCAAUGGCAUAAGCACCAUUGAAGAGUGGGAUUGCAUUAAAACAUGUUUCCCAAACAACAAGAAAGGAAGUCGAAUCAUAGUAUCUACUGAGCAAAUUGAAGUUGUGAGCUUAUGCAUAGGAGCAGAGGAUGAAGCUCUAAUGCAUAAGAAGUUACUCGCUGAUCAGUCUCUUUAUGCUUUCUACAAGAAGGUAUCUCAGGAGGGAAGGGAUUCAGCGGAAAAAGGGUCCAUCUCAUGCAUAGUCCCUACCGCUGUUGAAAACUCUACACACAAGAACAUCCUCACCCGGACGGAGACAAUGGCUACUCUAGAGGAAUCUCGUCUCAUUGGGAGAGGGAAUCAAAAAGAGGAAAUCAUCAAUCUAAUCUCGAAUAAAGAUCUCAACCAUUUUCAUGUGUUCUCCUUGUGGGGAAUGGGUGGUAUUGGGAAAACAACACUAGUGACAGAUAUUUAUCAAACCCAAGAGAUUAGUAGCAUGUUUGAUAAGCGUGCUUGUGUCACGGUCAUGCGUCCUUUCAAUCCAGCAACACUCAUUGGGAGCUUAGCUAUGCAAUUUGGAGGUAAAAAUGGGACAGAUUUAAGGAGAUGCUUAGAAGAAAGGAGAUGUUUGCUUGUUCUUGAUGAUUUGUGGUCCAUAGAAGAGUGGAAUGCUAUAAAACAAUAUUUGCCAGAAACGGCAGCAAGUUGCAUAAUAGUCACCACAAGGGAAGAGAAUAUAGCGAAGCACUGCUCCAAGGAUGAAAGAAAUAUAUACAAGCUCAACCAUUUGGAUCAUGUUGAUGCAUGUACCCUCUUCACCAAAAAGGUAUUUAAGGAGAUCGUAAAUUUGGAUGAGCAAUAUCCAGAGUUGGUUGAACAAGCAAAACUGAUAUUGAAGAAGUGCAGAGGACUUCCCCUUGCACUAGUCACCAUAGGUGGAUUCCUGGCAAACCAACCAAAAACUGCUGUCGAAUGGAGAAAAAUGAAUGACCAUAUCAGUGCUGAGUUGGAGAUGAAUCCAGAACUUGAGAUCAUAAAAGCAAUCCUUAUGAAAAGCUAUGAUGGUUUACCCUAUUACCUCAAGGCUUGUUUCUUGUAUCUGGCCAUCUUUCCUGAAGACCAGCAGAUUGCACGGAGACGCUUAGUUCGUCGGUGGAUUGCAGAGGGUUACUCAAGUAAGGUGCGUGGCAAGUCUGUGGAGGAAGUAUUGGACUCUUACUUCAUGGAACUCAUAAGCAGGAGCAUGAUCUUACCAUCUCAACAGUCAAUUCAUAGUAGGAAAGGAAUUGACUCCUGCCAUGUGCAUGAUCUCAUUCGUGAAAUUGCCAUCUCAAAGUCUAUGGAGGAAAAUCUUGUUUUCACAUUGGAGGAAGGGUGCAGUUUGAACAACCAAGGCAUAGUGCGUCAUCUUGCUGUAAGCAGCAACUGGAAAGGGGAUCAGUGUGAGUUUGAGAAUUUGGUAGACUUGUCCCGUAUACGAUCAUUGACUGUAUUUGGAAAUUGGAGGCCAUUUUACAUUUCUGAUAAGAUGAGGUUGCUCCGAGUGCUGGAUUUGGAAGGCCAGUGGGAUCUAGUUGAUCAUCAUCUUGAGCACAUUGGGAAGCUUGUACAUCUUAGAUAUCUUUCUCUAAGGGGACAUUAUAAUAUAUUUCACCUGCCAAAUUCAUUGGGGAACCUGAGACAACUCCAGACACUAGAUAUUUCAGGUACCAGCAUAAUGAAGCUACCAAGGACCAUCAUCAAGAUUGAGAAGAUGCAACGCAUUCUUGCUAGUGGUGUAGGACAGUAUCAUUUUGAUAUAUAUCAACGUGCAAAUAAGUGGUCCCUAAAGAGUUUACCUUUAUAUUCAGUGCGUUGUUGUGUGGCAUGUUGUGCACCUAAUAGGCUGGGAAGGCAAUUUAAACUUAACGAUGGUGCACUUAACAGGCGUGAUGUAUGCACUGCGUUCUGUUGUAGCAUAUUACCUUAUUAUGUGGCAGGAGGACGAAAUCCAGGUACUGUUGAAGUGCCAAGUGGGAUUUGGAAACUGAAGACCCUGCAUACACUUGGUACCGUGGACAUAUCAGUGGGGAGGACUGUUCUCCAAGAUAUAAAAAGGCUGACCCGGUUACGCAAGUUAGGAUUGGCAGGCAUCAACAAGAGAAACAGUCAAGAGUUGUGUUCAGCAAUUGCUUGUCUCAACAGCCUGGAGUCAUUGUCACUGCAAUCACAUGGAGAGACAGGUUUAUCAGGCUGCUUGGAUGGCAUGUCGUCACCUCCAGAAAACCUGCAGAGCCUCAAGUUAUACGGCAACCUGGAUAAACUGCCGGAGUGGAUCCAGGGGCUCAAAAAUCUGGUGAAGCUGAAGCUAGAGUGGUUGAGUAUAUCGGAGCAUGAUGUGGCCAUGCAAGUCCUUGGGAAUCUACCAAACCUGGCCACCCUACGUCUAUUGGGUUGCUCGUUCAGUGGUGAAGAGGUUCGUUUCAGUUUAUGUGGGGAUGCAUUCCCGACACUGAAGGUGCUAGAGCUGAAUUGCGUAAGGAACCUCAAGUCGGUGGAAUUUGAAGAAGGAGCAGCCCCUAAGCUUGAGUUGCUGCAGUAUUCUAAACUGAGCAGUGACAGUGUUAGGUUGUUCUGUGGGUUACCACUUCUCCCAAGCCUCAAGGAAUUUAUGCUUGAUUGGAGGGACUGGCAUGAUACAGAGUUGGGGGAGUACUUGCGUGGCCAGCUCGCAGAGAAUGAAAACCGGCCCGUUUUGAAGAUGUGGGAUCCGAAAUCCUAGUUGUAUGCAACUCCCGGUCUAUGUAUCAAGUAGAGUAUUUCCUUUGAUUGAGUUGAUGAAUCAAGACCACCUACAUCUGUAAUUAAGCUAGCGGACCUGUAUAUAAAUGAUGAAAAAUGCUCAUUUUAUCUCACCAACUGCAUGCGUGUGUAAGCUGUUCCUUUCUUUGCGUGAUAUGAUAGCAAAUGGAAGAAUUUGUUGUUCUUUUCAUAAGUAGUGACUCUUUGAGGAGAGUUUAGUCAGGAGUAAUUUUUUCAUGUGAUAUUUUAGGAAACAGAGUAGUAACUAGUAAGUGGUACCAAA